AACACGAAACCGGAGUUCUUUAUCGCCCUCGUACAUGAGAACACAAUAAGUCAAUAACAGUGCUAGGGCUUGCAAAUUAUACCUUCUCAUAGCUCGACGGCGACUAUCCCUCUCCCCAGGAAGGAUACCAAUUGGUACAUUUGUUUGUGGGUUCAAAUGGGACUAUUUCUUGCCGACCAAGCCAAACCAUUUAGUUGGUGUCUGGAUCCAUUGUCUUGGUUUUUUUGCUUUGCCAUUCCUUCGUUUAUCUUUCCCCACGAUCCUUGCAAUUUUCACCUCAUGGAGUUCAUUACUCAUUCCUUUUUUUUGUUUGUUUUCCUUUCCUUUCUUUGUGAUGGAUUGUUGAUAGAUAGUUAGACCAUGAAAGGUGGUUGUUUUUUUUCCGGCAUCGAUCGCUGUUCAAAUUUCAGAAACUCAUUGUAUCAUUGAUUUUUGCACCUGUUAAGCAUCACCGUCCUCUUGAUUAUCGUUCAGAACUCUCUCUUGCUUGUUUCUAUGAAUCUAUUAGUAUUGCUAGUAUGUUAUGAUCCCUUUACUGCAAACUAUUCACAUUGCAACUCCUUGGAGCCAUAUCUCAUGGCACAGAUUCAGUCAAGAUUCUUACUCUGGGCCUCCUUUUUCCCUUUCAUUUUUUCUCCACCCACCCAUGCUUCUCUUUCUUCUGUGAAUGCUUCUGGCUUCUGUCCUUCCAUAACAGUUGCUGUGCAAGCUUACUUUAUUAGAUUCAUAAGAUGCCUCCGAGGAGAAAAGCAAUUGCUGCAAUAGCUAAAUCAAUUGAACCUGAGAAGCCAAUUGAAGUUGAAAAGCCUGUCGAGUCAGAGGAGAGGGUGGAGCUUGAUGAAGACAAUGAUCCUGAGGAGAUAGUGGAGGAGGAGGAGGAGGAGGAGGAAGAGGAGGAGGACGAGGAGGAGGAGGUUGAGUAUGAAGAAGUAGAGGAAGAGGUAGAAGAAGAGGAAGAAGAAGAGGAAGAGGUUGAAGAGGAGGUGGAGGAAGAAGAAGAAGAAGAGGAUACUGAAAUCGAUGGCGCUAAUGUGCAAAAGGGCCCAGAUGGUGAUGUGAAUAUGACACCUGCUGGGGCAGAUGAGGAUGUGAGAAAAAAACAUGCUGAGCUUCUUUCACUGCCCGCUCAUGGGUCGGAAGUAUACUUGGGUGGCAUUCCUCAAGAUGCUUCGGAAGAGGAUCUGAGGAGCUUCUGUGAAACUGUUGGUGAAGUUGCAGAGGUCAGAAUAAUGAAGGGAAAGGACUCGAGCGAAAACAAAGGUUAUGCCUUUGUCACCUUCCGAACUAAGGAAUUGGCUUCUAAGGCGAUUAAGGAGCUGAAUAAUACUCAACUGAAGGGUAAAAAGAUUAGGUGUUCAACAUCUCAAGCAAAGCAUAAACUGUUCAUUGGUAAUGUUCCGAGAAACUGGGGAGAGGAAGACAUGAAGAAGGUGGUAACUGAGAUAGGACCCGGAGUUAUUGCUGUCGAACUGCUGAAGGACCCACAAAAUUCCAUCCGCAACCGUGGAUUUGCAUUCAUCGAGUAUUACAACCAUCCUUGUGCAGAGUAUUCGAGGCAAGAGAUGUCAAAACCGGAAUUUAAGCUUGAUGAUAAUGCUCCAACUGUAAGUUGGGCUGAUCCCAAAAAUGGGGAGUCUUCAGCUUCUUCACAGGUUAAAGCAGUUUAUGUGAAGAAUUUGCCCAAAAACAUUACCCAGGAUCAGCUAAAGGAGCUGUUUGAACAUCAUGGAAAGAUCACAAAAGUUGUUCUCCCUUCUGCUAAAGUAGGACAUGAGAAGAGCAGGUUUGGUUUUGUACACUUUAUGGAAAGGUCAAGCGCAAUGAAAGCCCUAAAGAACACUGAGAAAUAUGAGAUAGAUGGUCAAGUUUUGGAGUGCUCUCUCGCUAAGCCACCUGCUGAUCAAAAGUCAUCUGGAGGGCCAAAUUCACAGAAGCCGGCCUUGCUUCCGACCUACCCACCUCGUCUUGGUUAUGGUUUGGUUGGGGGUGCAUACGGUGCUCUAGGUGCUGGAUAUGGUGGUGCUGGUUUUGGACAGCCGAUGAUGUAUGGAAGGGGACCUACUCCUGGUGGCAUGGCAAUGAUGCCGAUGCUUUUGCCUGAUGGAAGGAUUGGAUAUGUUUUGCAACAGCCAGGAGCGCCACGGCCAGCCCCACCACCACAGCAGAGAAGCGGCGGCAGGAGCGGUAGCAGAGGAGGAAGCUCAAGUGGUGGAAGACGCGGUAGUGACAGUGGACGCGGGGGUAGCCGUUAUAACCCUUACUGAUUUGUUUGUAGUGAUUGUGGAAGCAAUUGCCACAAAAAAGAUAACGAUGGUAGUGUGCUUAAUUGCUUUGGUUAGUAAGAAUUCUGUGGUUGUCCGCAGAGUAAGAAGACAAACGUUUUUUUAUCGUGUCCUGAAUUUUCGUCACUUUUCAAAUCUUUGUAACGAGAUGCAGCCGCACAUUACUCUCUCUCUCUCUCUCUCUGAAGGUGUGAAUGGGCAUUCCAACUCUUUUCAUGGCA